GUUUAAUGUCCGAAGUUCGUACAUGUCGGGACAGACACCGUCAAUGCCGACAAAAACGGAUCACUUCCCCAUUUAUUUCUCUUCUAUAAUUAGACUCCAAUCGUUCUUUAUCUCAGAUUAUAACUCCACAACGUAGAAGAAAGAACUGGAAAGAAGACGACAAUGGCGAGCAACGGCGAGAAGAACAAGAAAGUUACGAGUAAAUCACCAUCCUUCAGCCUACGAAGCCCAAGCUUGAACGCUCUUCGUCUCCAACGCAUCUUCGACCUAUUCGAUCACAACGGCGACGGUUUCAUCACCCUCGAGGAGCUAAGCCAAGCUCUCUCUCGUCUCGGCCUCAACGCUAAUCUCUCCGACCUCAAAUCCACCGUCGAGUCCUACAUCCAGCCUGGAAACACCGGUCUCAACUUCGAAGACUUCUCCUCCCUCCACAAGACGCUUGACGAUUGUUUCUUCGCCGGAGACGAUGAUCUUUCCUCGCCCGCCGCAGCCGAUGAAUCUGAUCUCGCGGAGGCGUUUAAGGUGUUUGAUGAGAAUGGUGAUGGAUUCAUCUGCGCUAGGGAGUUGCAGGCGGUUUUGAAGAAGCUAGGGUUGCCUGAAGGUGGAGAGAUGGAGAGAGUGGAGAGGAUGAUCAUUUCCGUUGACCGGAACAAGGAUGGUCGCGUUGACUUUUUUGAAUUCAAGAACAUGAUGCGCACCGUGAAACAAAUUUCAUGAAUAAAUUUCUCUCUUCUUGAUUUAUUUUCAUGCAACAAAAUUUUCACAAGAUUAUUAAUUAAUUUGUUUUUUUUUUAAUUUAUCUAUGUAAUAUCAUGUUUCAGAUAGAUUUAUCUAUGUAAUGAUCUUUAAUAAAAUGUCCAUGUGGAUUCUGUUUUC